UGUUCUUGGCCUUUACAGACGCCAUAUUCGAGGUGGCGACCGAACUAACUAGUAAUUCUUACUUUUCGUACUAUUGCCGUAGAAUGCGUUUCAAGCAAGAAUCAAUAGAAAGUAACUGCGAGAGACAGAGACGACUGCGCGUGAAUCUCCAAGUACGAAUUAAAGUCUCUUGAGACUACCUGCAUGGAGCUCUCUUGAACUUUUUUUUUUUCUGCCGGUGUUUCGUUGGCGGGGACCUGGAGUUCCGCCCCCAAGCCACUAAUGCACGCCCGGCUUGGCUGGGCGGUGUCGGUCCGCUGAUGUUCCGGCGCAGCCCGCACUAACGCGCUUGGGAUCUAGCGCUGCAGAUUACCCACCGGAGGCUACCUCUCUGGCACUGUCGGCCCCUGCCUGCUUGCCUGCUCGCCUGCCUGGCCGUCACUGCCGUCUCCUCCAGCUUGCAUCGUCGUCGUCGUCAUUCGACAAUCAUCCAGACCUUCCCGAUUUCUAGUCAACCAACACACCCAACCAAUACUUGCUGAACCGGCCGCACCCAGCCUCCCUCUCUAUUGUCGAAUCGUCGCACAUCCACUUAAUCCUACACUCGCUGGGGUCCCUCCUACAAUAAUUACAUUGACGACGACAUGGCUGAUUCGAAUGCCCCCAAACCAAGCAGCAGCGUGAAGCUGGUCCUGCUUGGUGAAGCAGCUGUUGGAAAGUCUUCGCUGGUGCUGCGAUUCGUCAACAAUGAUUUCCAGGAGAAUAAGGAACCCACAAUUGGCGCCGCCUUUCUGACCCAGAAGUGCAAUCUCCCCUCGCGGACGAUCAAGUUUGAAAUCUGGGAUACCGCCGGACAGGAACGAUUUGCCUCACUUGCGCCCAUGUACUACAGGAAUGCCCAAGCUGCCCUCGUCGUAUACGACCUCACCAAGCCUACAUCCCUUGUGAAAGCCAGGCACUGGGUAGCUGAGCUCCAGAGACAAGCGUCGCCUGGCAUUGUCAUCGCUUUAGUCGGCAACAAACUCGAUCUCACAAAUGACGGCGAGUCGGGACGGGGCGAUGGCGACAGUGAAGGUGCUGAGGGCGAAGACUCCGGAGAUGCUCGAAAGGUGUCAACAGAAGAAGCCAAGUCUUAUGCCGAGGAGGAAAGUCUCCUCUUCUUCGAGACGAGCGCCAAGACCGGUCACAACGUCGCAGAUGUAUUCACAGCUAUUGCAAACGCUAUCCCAGAGACAUCAUUAAAAAGCACAAGGGGGCCCGGGGCGUCGAAUGCCGUCAGUCGAGGCGGAGAGGAGCAAAGAGUUAAUCUCAAUGGCCCGCGCGAGGCUGCUAAAGAAGGUUGUGCGUGCUAGAGAGCAUUGGGUGGUUGAGUCGCUACGCCAUAGAGGGAAAUAUUUAUCCGUAGGCAAAGCAGGGUUCGUUAUUUCUUGACAUCUAUUAUGGGAGCGCACGGUUGCUUUGAGGGCUCGUUUUCUGGGACGUCUGCACAGGAAUGACCUCUCUUGAUGUAAUAACAGCACGUAAGGAAGGGGCUCAGUGGAACUACAACAGUACCUAUUUAGACCGCGCAUUUCUAUUCAAUACCCAUUACUCUCUGUUCAAUAGCUGAUAGACCAUCGUAUAUAUCGCUGUCUAGGUGGUCGUUCAGCAGAGUUGCUGCUGUGGAUAUGAGGUGAACAUACUUAUGUACCUACCGUACGAGGUGUUUACGUUAGGUACAUCAAGGCUCCAAGUUUAAUGUUGCACCUAGGUAGCCUGGGUAUGCACUACUGUACGCCUAGGUGUUAGGCUUGGGUACCUAGCUAGCAUGAUAAGUAGUAGAUACAGCGAGAGGUAAGCGACGGUUGGCAAUGAACAACUUUGAUCACCAAGAUAGACUAGGUAUUGAAUACACCAUACAUAGGUACCUAACAACUGCUAC